UUAUUGUUCGUCAACCUCCACGAUUCAUCUCCCUCAAAAAAGAGAGAACAAGAGCUUGUUUUGCGCAUACAGACGCAGAGAGAGAUAGAGAGAGAUGGGUGCGGUGACAUUAGCGGUGUUGGGAGUAGUGGGGCUGGUACUGGGAUGGAUAUCAAUAGAGAUCGCGUGCAAGCCCUGUCUCAAGAGAGGCCGUGAAGCCAUAGAUCGCAACCUCAAUCCCGAUUAUGACCCUGACGACGAUGACACCAAUUCCAUCAAUGCCCCUCUCAAUCCGAACCCCUCUACGACUGUUGAUUCUGAUCCAGUUUCAGCUUCAAUUGCCAUCAAAGCCGUCUGAUCUUUUCAAUUUCUGUGAGAUAUCCAAUUUUGUUAUGCUGUUUGUUUAACGAGGAGAAAAUGGCAAAAGAAAAGAAACUGGUUUUCUUUUGGGUAUAUCGUUGAUUUUGUUCUUUGUAGGGCGACUUUGUAACCCUUUUAUUUUUUAUUUUUUAUUAUUGGAUUGGAAAUAUAUGUGUGCAAAGAAAAAACAGGAUUGUUUUUGGUAUUCCUGAAUUUGUUUUGCUUUGUUUGGAAAGAAUAUGUAGCUCUGAUUCAAUGAUCAGAAACACAUCUGGGAAGAGAAGCAAAGGUUCUUUUCUGGGCAUACCCUGAUUUUGUUGUUUGUUAAUAAGUUGCUUUGAUUUGGAUCAGAAACAUGAAGAAUGUGUACAUUGU